AUGCGACCCACUGAGCCAAUGAGCCUUUACUGUUCAAUGAGCAAUGCUGAGCCUCAACUGUUGACAUCUCCAUUAUCACCAGCAAAACAUCAGCAGGGUGAAGAUGGUCUAACUGGACUUCCAGGACCACCUGGACCUCCCGGACCCCCGGGUGAGCCUGGGCUUUACACAGGAGAAGGAAGUGGCGACUUUUCUUGCCCAGCUGCCUGCCCUCCUGGUCCUGCUGGUCCUCCGGGAAUGCCUGGAUUCAAGGGGCACACAGGGCACAAGGGAGAGCGUGGAGAACUUGGCAAAAGAGGUGCCACGGGGGAUCCCGGACCUCCCGGCGUGUCAGGUUUACCUGGACCAAUCGGAUUACAGGGUCCUCGAGGAUUGAGAGGCCCUCUUGGUAAACCUGGUCCUCCUGGUGACAGAGGUCUCACAGGAUUCCAUGGACCAGUUGGUCCUCCUGGCCCUCCUGGGAAAGUGGGAGAUAUAGGUCCAAAAGGAUUCCAAGGAUUCCAAGGAACAAAGGGAAACCCGGGCAAGAUUGGUCCCAGAGGUCUGCCUGGACUUGCAGGACAGAAGGGUGAGCUGGGAAUUCCAGGCCGGGAUGGACGAGACGGAAAUCCAGGAAUCAAUGGUGAAAAGGGUGAGCCAGGAGGUAAUGGGGCCCCUGGAGAGAAAGGUCCAGUGGGACAGCCUGGAUUACCUGGAAAGCCAGGACCUAAAGGAAUCACUGGUGAACUGGGACCUUUGGGAGACUCUGGAAUGAUGGGAGUGCGUGGACCAAGAGGAGUUGAUGGGGAAAUGGGACCCGUUGGGGAACGUGGAAUCCGGGGUCGUAGAGGUUUCCAGGUAUCCAACGGGUCUGUCUCUCAAUGGAUCUGUCUUUAUACUGGAGCCUUGACUGAGCACAUACGAUGA